AUGUUUUUAGAACUUCUUACAGGAGAUUAUAAAAUGACAAAUAAUAUGAAAACAUUAAAUUCCGACGACUCAACAUCAUCAAGUGAUCAAAACCAAUGUAUUCUUGAUAAUCAUGUGAAAAUUAAACAAAGACAUAAUAGAUUAAUUCGUUCAAUAUCGAGUAAUAGUCGAAAAUUUAAAACAUCAUCUGUUAGAGAUAGAUCAUUAAAAUUUUGGGGUAGAGAAUACGAGCGAAGUUUCAAUGGAUUUGAUGAAUUAUCAGAGAUGGCUUUAAAUAAUUUUGAACAACAUCCAAGACAUAUACGAUUUUUUAAUCGCAUUAAGAGCAGUCGAAAUGAAAGUUAUCAUUCACUAGAAAAUGAUAAUACAUAUGUAAAUAAUUUUGCUUUUUGGACAAGAGAUGAUGAACUUCGACAGCGUUUAAUGAAAUCAGUGUUAACCGAUGAAAAAAAGAAAACAAAAACGAUAAUGAAUUUUGAUUCUGAUAGUAGCGAUGAAGAUAAUGACGCUAAUCAAUUACACUUAUUUUCCAAAUGUGAACGUGGUGGAUCAAAAUAUCGUCGUAAUGCUGUAUGCAAAGUUUGGGAUAGACUUGAACAUAAUGGACAAUUAGCUUAUAUUGUUAAUUUAGUUACCGAUAUUCAAAUUGAAAAUAAUUUAAGAUUAUCAGGACUAUACUAA